AUAAGUUUAUAAUAUAUAUUUGUUAUGUAUGAAUAGUGGAGCCAAGCAUAAUAUACAAGGCGAGGCCAGGCCGAGCUCAGCCGGACACGCCUCCUCACCACAACAUUGAUCGCCAUUGCUUUCUCCAACUUGCCUUCUCCGAUCAUUUUUAAGUUGCUUAAUUCGAAGCCGGAUGAGUGGGCCUUUGCUUCGGCUCUUGCCAGUCCUUGCUCGCAGCCGUGGGCUUACUGGUAGUCAUGUCACAGGAAGUAUGGGUUUAUUUACUAGGAACCCAUCUCUGGCCUUCAGACUGUAUGCUCAAGUUGCAAGAUUGCAUACUAUUCAAAACAGAACUGGAGUGACAAAUAGGAUAGCUCAAAGAAAUAAUGAGUCAUUUUUGCCAGUUGCAAGCUGUGGCAUUAUGCACGUGUGCCGGUACAAAAACUUUGGCCAUAAAAAGCGAGAUGAGGGCACAUUUGCCAAAUUAUACUGCCUGCUUGUUGGUGUUUGCUGUUUAGUUUCUGUAAUCAACUGGGACUGGGUUAUGAAAUUCUUGGUUGUGGAUGCUGCUAGUAUGACUGAAGCUGAUAAGCUUAAAGAAGAGGAGGAAGAUGAGGAUGAGAACAGCUCUUUGGAAUCCUCUGCUGAAGAGACUGACACAGAAGGAAAUGUUUGUGAGAAAAAGAAAAACAAACGCGUAGGAUUCAGGGAUAGAAAGAUCAUAGAGUACGAGAACAGAAUUCGGGCAUAUUCAACCCCGGAUAAAAUUUUCCGCUACUUUGCUACCUGCAAGUUAAUACAAAGGACUUCUAGUGGAGUUGAAAGGACUGAGAUUUUCAUGACUCCAGAUGAUUUUCUGCGAGCGCUAACUCCAGGAAUGCAACAACCUGAGGGAUUAGGUCUUGACCAGUUCAAGAAGUAUGAUCCAAAGAGAGUGAAGUCUCCAGAAGUGGAUGAUAUAUCAAGAGAGAUCUUGGAGGAGGAAGAAAUGAAUACUUCCAACAAACUAGAGCUAGCCCUUGAUGAAGAUUCUAUUUUCUACAAGCUUGGCAGUUCUGGACUCAUCUCCUUCUCAGAUUUUAUCUUUCUGCUUACUGUCCUGUCAACAUCUCGUCGUCACUUUGAAAUAGCUUUUCGUAUGUUUGAUUUGAAUGGUGAUGGAGAUGUGGAUUAUGAGGAAUUUGAUAAAGUUGCAACAUUAAUUCGCAAUCAGACAAGCAUUGGAGCACGUCAUCGAGAUCAUGCCAAUACUGGAAAUACAUUUAAAGGUGUGAAUUCUGCCCUCAGUACCUACUUCUUUGGCCAGACACUAAGGGAAAAGCUAACUAUUGAGAAAUUUCUGUUCUUUCAGCAGCAGCUACAACAAGAAAUUCUCAGUUUAGAGUUUCGUCGAAAAGGUCCAAAUGAAGAAGGUUUGAUAUUAGAAGCCGACUUUGCUGAGCUACUGUUAGCAUAUGGCGGCUAUCCACCAAAUAAGAAGGCACGAAUGCUGAAAAGGGUAAAAAAAGCAUUUAAGGGCGAAACCUCUCAAGGCAUUAGCCGUGAUGACUACUUGAACUUCUUCCACUUUCUGAAUAACAUCAAUGAUGUGGAUACAGCCUUGACGUUCUACCAUAUUGCUGGAGCUUCUAUUGAUCCAGCCACUCUGAAACAUGUAGCCAAGACUGUAGCACAUGUUGAUCUCUCGGACCAUGUUGUCAACGUUGUCUUCACGCUUUUUGAUGAUAACAACGAUGGUCAGCUCAGCAAUCGGGAGUUUGUUGCUGUAAUGAAAAACAGAUUGCAACGUGGGUUAGAAAAACCCAAAGAUACAGGAUUUGUGAAACUUAUUGUAUCCAUGUUUAAAUGUGCUGGAGAGACAAAACCUGUUCUUUUGGAUAUAUGAGGAAAGGUUCGUGUGCGGGAUGCAGAUUUGAAGGAAGAGUGGAAGAGACACUGUGAAGGGUGUAACUGCAGAGGCAAAGGGAACAACAAUGAACAUGCUCAUGAAGGAACAAACCAAGAAGAUAAAAAAGAAUAAUGUUGUAUGUAAAGGAAGUACUAUAUGAAAAUAGACACCUGUAUGUGCUGGUGCAAUAUUAAUUAUAUAGAGAGAAGUAAAGGCUAACAAUAGAGUAAAAUGGAGUGUGAAAAACUGUUCCUGUGAAUGUUUUUUAAAAGUAAGUGCAAGUUUCUUACUUAUACAGUAGAGUUCUGUUAAAGAGAUAAAUCUAAUUUUUUUGUUUAACUUGUUCAAUUAUCUAGGUAAAGAUGCACAUAGUUCAUAUUUAAUCAUUUUGAAGAAAGAACAGAGGCAUUUUGCUGACAAUUACAUUAAAUUUGUUGUACAGUAUUUUAUGUCGUUAUUGAUGAAGGCUUAAUACUUAAAAGAUGUUCAUGAUAAGAAUGUUAAACAUGGAAUUUAGUUUAACAUACAGUACAUAUUGAUUCUGUAGACAGAAGGUCAGACUAGCCACGACCUUCUUUUUUUAAAUUAUUGCAUUUUGUUCUUAUUGUUCUGAUAUUGUGUAUUUGUUUCCUCCAUAUAAUUUAUUUAUCCCAUUUUGCAACAGAUUUUUCAUUAUAAAUCACAUGGUAUUAACACCAAAUUUCUGAAAUAGUAUAAGAUACGGAUUUGAAUAAUAAAAAAUAAAUUUCGACUGCCCAUAAAACCAUUUGGCUGGAUAUUAGAAUCUCUUUUUCCUUUAACAUAUUGUCACUAGCUACAGUUGUUCAAGAUAAUUUUCAUGUAAUUCACUCUAAACAGUCAUUACUGAAUUAUCAACUUCUGUUUUAAUCUUGUUUCAUAUUGACCCCUUUCAGUUACUUUCCUUUUCCUGCUUUCCAGUAUUUUACUAGCAUAUUCUUACUCUUUUGUAAUGUAAGAGUUUCUGUUUCACGUAUUUGUUGCUAAGAAACAUUAUAAAAAUAGAAAAUCUGCAGUUGGUACAGACAUUAAAAGUAGAAAUACCUUACAAGUUGUAAAGAUUGAUAUACAGUAUUGUUGUAUAAAAUUAUAUCAAAAUAAACAUUAAUUAUUACAGUUAUAUAUGCGCUAUAACUAGAUUGUGACACAUUAACAUAAAGGUAUUAAAUGGUUGAGGAUAGGAGCACUGUUGGGCUUGUUUUGUUUUCCAUGUCCAAGAGUGAAGCUGUCUGCACAGUCACUAUACAUUACUGAUGAACCCAAAUGAUACUUAAACCUAUUAAACAACUAAUGCACACACCAUCGUGUAUGCAAAUUAUUGUAAAAUAAAUUAGACUACUAUAGUUUUGGAAAAUCUACUUGGUUUUGGAUAAAAUAAUGAUACAGUAUGCAAAUUUUUUAAAUUGAUAUUGGAAUGAAGUAAACUAUGUAAUAAAUAUUUUCUUGACAUAAAAAUGUGUAAUAAGCCUUGGCAGACUUCUUGUAUUUAUUUAUACAAGCGAGUGACUGCUGUCUAAUGUAAUAAUGACACUUGAAUUUGCCACACUAUUUUUGCCAAUUAAUAUUCUUCCCAGUUAUUAAAUAGUAAUUAUAAUAGGUAGAAGUGAACCUUUUCAUGCAUGUAGUUCUCUUUCCUAAUCAUAACUUAGCAUUUGAAUUAUUGUAUUUGAACAUGAAUUUUUGUUUUCAUAUUAGCAACAAAGGUUCGAGUUUACUUUUAUGAAGACUAUAAUAAGUGUUGAUAGAAAAUAAUAUAUAAGAUUAAAAUAGUGUUCCAGGAUUUACAAGUUCAAGUUGCCAUUCUGUUUAAAGCUGAUGGGUUACUUCCAUAACUUGGAGCACACUAGUAAAUAGAAUCAUAUUUCAUAGUAACUAUACAAUGGUAGAAACUUCAAAAGAAGUCAUAUGAGAUUGAAAAAGUUAAUAGAUAUUGCAGUAAAUAUGAAUUAGUAUCAAUGUGAUAAACUGCUCCAGGUAGGCAUGUGCUUUUUAGUGAAAACCUUUUCGUUUGUUUUUAAAUGUGUAGGUAUGGUGUUAUUGUUCAUGUUCACUUGUAAAUACAGUUUUGUGUGAAUUUGCAGAGUACUGUAUAUAAUACAUCUAUAAACUAAAUUAAUGUAAUUUAUAAUUAAUGACAUACCCACUGACUCUCUUAUCCUUUUAGUGUGAGUUUGUUAGCUGUAAGAUCCCUAGUCUGGCAAAUUAACAUUACCAAAUAUGCUACACAAAUUUUGGAUCAUCCAAUUUAGCAGCUUGAAAACACUCUGUGCACAUGUAUUAUAAUAAUAAUAAUAAUAAUAUAAUUAGCAGUAUACAGCAACAGGACGCUCACAUGAUAGAUUAUUGAGACUUACCCACGUAUUGUUUUUGUAAAGCUUGCAGGAUGUACAAUGUAUCAGACAAGUCCAAAGCUGAAAUUUAUAUAAAUAAUCAUGUACCAAAUGCAGAGUAUUUAGAAACUAAAGAAGCCCUUGGAAAUUCAAAAAGUAUUCUAGGUGCUUAUCAAAACUGAAAUGGCUGUUCCUUUCACAGAUAACAAAUGUGCAAAAAUGAAAAAUGGCUGUAGGAAACAGAUAUGGUACUUAAUAAUGUGGAGUCAUCCUCAGACCCCCCUCCCCUCCCCUCCAGUAUCUAAAGUUAUGUCUCCAACAAAUGGAUCGGAUGGCAUAUUUUAUGUUUGAGAUUUAUCAAAUGCUGGAGAGUACCAGGAAAAUGCCAAUAAAAGUUAAACAAAUUUG